AAAGCUAAUCUGUUGGCAUAUGGUUUCAUUAAGAGCAUGGCAGGGUGCUCCCUUCAACUCCUCCAGCUAUUGACUCAAAAUGACCUGUUGAUCACAACUAGAAAAAUAAUAUUUGAACGUCCCUUUUUGGAACGGAAGGAUAUUGCUUUAGUAAUCUGUCCUGUUCUGAUCCGAGGUGCUCUAGUAAAAGCAUGGCUUUGUACUUAGUAUGUUAAACAUCUUAUGUCGACUUGUUGAAAAGUAACUCUGGCUAGUUUCUUCAUUUUGUUGUCUUGUCGAAAGGUCACUUAACACAUAAACGGUACAUGGCCUGAGAUCAGUUUACUAUUAAAGCUUCCUCUGCACUUGGUCUUGGUUCUGCAAAUCUUUGAGCUCCAGCUAGGACUUCAGUAACCAACAUUGCGGAACAUAUCCAUUUAAGUCAUGUGGACUUUUAAAGGUCCCCUAUUAUGCAAAAGUGACUUUUUAGUGAUGUUCUAAUAGUGGUCUGUUUCCCUAAGGUCUGGUACUGAGCACCAAACAUAAGAAAAAUCAAUCAUCUCCCUCACUGGAGCCUCCUGCGAGCAGUCCACCGGGCAGGCCAUAGUCUGUGCUCUCAAUCGUCUGUAAUCUCUUAUCUAAUCACGUGGAGGAUGUUUCCUUUGUCUCGGGGUGCGAGGUCAGAGUGCAUUGUCCAGGUCAGGUUGUUGCACUGCAUCGCUGCUGCCUCAUCAGAAUCAAGCAGCUCUUAUUAUCUCUUAUUUACAGAUUUCUUUUUAUAUGAACGACAACUUGAAUCAAUUCAAGACUUUGGAAGACCAAACGGGCUGACCUUAAAUGUUUCCUCUGCCAGUACUGCGUGUGUAAUGUGUGGGCUCUGAAUAUGUCUGACAGUCAGUCGUCCCUCGCUACAUCACGGUUAGAACAUCGCGCCCUCACUGUAUUGCAGUUUUUCAAAAAUAAAUAAAUGAAUGAUCACUGUUUGGUGGUUGAAUACGGCCUAUUAUUAGUAAAAAUAUAUGCAUAUAUAAGCAACGUAUACUUGGCCCAAAUUAAGCAUUUUCAAUCAUAAAAAUGGCUAAAUGAACGAAAAUACAAAUAUAAGGCAUUCAGAAGAUGUGACAUGUAGUGUACUACAGUGUCUGUGACGUUUUGUGCGCCUUUAAGAGGCGGGGCCUGGGAAGUGAUGUGUGUGAGGUCAGCUAGCUAGAGAUGCUGAGUGUUAGCAUGGUUAGCAGUGUGGAGAGUGCCAGUGGCUGGCGUGAGUUGUGGUUGACAGCAGCUCCUGUCUGAAUGAAUGUUCAUUGCAUUCGUGUUAUCUGCGACAUUACAGUAGUGUUCUAUUACACUGGCCAUUAAGUGUCAGGAAAGUUACAUUGAUGAGACAAUAGCCACCAAGUAUGCCGUCAUUGCUAACAUGUGAGCCUACGUAAUGUCUUAUUUAUUUCUAGGACUUCUUAUUUUCUAUUAUUAUGUCAACUAGAUUGGGUAAUACAAGUGUUAACGUGACUAUAGGAGUCUACAGGGCUCUAAUAAUACUAAAAAACAUAUUUAAAAGGUCUUAACCAGAUUUUCUAUGCUCUAACUACACAAAUAUUUCAUUUAUAAAAUAAGGAAUCCUACUUCAUGUCUUGCGGUUGGGUCUGUCACCAAUUAACCGUGACAAACGAGGGGCGACUGUGUAUGAAAGUAAAGAAGCUUGAUUAGCUUUGCUUUCAAGGAGGUGCCACACUAAACAAGCUGCCUCAGUGCAGGGAGUUAAAGUAAGCUUAUUACAGCGAGAUCAAAAACAAAACACUUGACUUGUUCUCAAAGAGGGUACGUGUGCACGCUUUAUAGAGGGACUACAUCAGGAAUGCUAGGCUAAUCAUGAAAAUACUGCCCCACCGCGUCAGCUUAUCAAUGGGUGAAUCUGGCUCCCGUCGCUCCACGCUUGUUUCCCGCCUGCCAAUCUUCCGCCGGAGCAACAGCAAGCGGCAGGAGUCUCUGCCCUCUUCGCCGUCAUCGGGCGGCAACUGCGUUCACACCUCGUCGCCCUCCAGCACCAACUCCAGCUCCGGUAGCACUGGCAAACGUAGGAGCCUCUUCCGAACGCCCUCUCUCAGCUUCUCGGCCAAACGUAACAGCCACCCCCGUGUCCAGCCCGUCAAUUUAAACCUCACGCCACCACUGGCACAGACCACGGACGCCAAUGGGAACAGUCAGACGAUAACGUCAUCAUUAUCGGCAGGUUUUAGCGAUGGGAGCGCCCCACCCAAGUCACGCCACUCUUUCGGCUUUGGAAGCCACAGGCACAAGAAAAUCACACGGUCUCAGACUGAGGAUUUUGACAAAGCGCCAUCCUCCUCUUCAUCUUCAACCAAUCGUAAUGUGUUCAUUAACUGCCUCAGCGGAUCAGGUGCCAACGAGGGUGACGAUUCGGGAUUCAUCGAAGACUACAGUGGCGCUAGCAGGCGCUCCUCGCGCCACAAGAAGCAGCUCCUGCCCAAAUCUCUCUCCGCUAACCACCGCUUCUCUCGGACCAACUCCGAUCAUCACAGGCCUCCAGGAGACAACCCAGAACGCCCGAGUCCCAAUGCCACUGCCACCCAGGGCGCCGGAGGGCUCACCCCGGGGUCGUGGCCGGGCGAUGCCGGCCUGGAGAGCUCCCUCCAGUCUCCCAUGAUAUCAGAGGAUCGGACCACAGCCAUCACCCCUUCUGAGUUCAUCCCCAUCACAGAGGACUCUGUUUCUGAGGUUGAUGCCUUGCCAGCUCCCAGCCCGGGACCCACCUUGGUGUCUGGACUGGUCGCUGCUCCAAUUGAGGGUCCAUCUGUCCCACAGACCUUCAGCGGGACUGUCUCUUCCUCACAGGUUUUCUUCACUCCAGCCAAAUCCAGCGUUGAACAACCCUUACUCCCUGACACCAGCACAGCCAACACCACCGACUACGAGACGGCCAUCUCCCUCUCGGAACCGGAGACCGCCGUGCCCUUCGCGCCUUCGCAGGAACAAUCGCCAGACGAGAGGAAGGAGAGGGAGGAAGAACGAGCGCAAGCCAGGAAAGAGACCUCAGCAGCGGCAGCGAGGGGAGAGGAGCCCAUCGGGGGGAACAGGGCGGGAUGCCGCGUCGAGACCACCAGCGAGAGCGAGGCGGGAGCGCCGCCGCGUAGCGAAGCUUGCCACUCGUACCCGGAGCAGGCGGACAGGAGGACGAGAAACACGCUGUCGGUUCAGGAGAGAGGAAGCUUUUGUGGCUGCCAUGAACCCAGGUCAUGUCACCUACGGAAGCCUCACACAGCUUCCCUGUGUAGCAGCGUCAGCCCCUACCACGAGGUGAUGCGCUUGGAAAGGCGUCUGCGCUCCUCCUCCGAAGGGGCCGGCGGUCCUCGCGUCCACGGGAACCACAGGGAUGCCCCGAGCGUGGAGGGGUGCGGUCUGCUGAAACACAGGAACAACUCAUCAUCAUCCAAACUAGGAAGUCUGGAUGUCCUGAACAAUUUGGGCUCCUCUGAGCUGGAUGAAGAUGAUCUCAUGUUGGAUCUGGACCUGUCUGACGAUCAACGCCAUCGUCACGUUUCCAGAGAAAACUCCAGCCAAUCUUUGGCUUCCUGUCUCAACUUGCUCCCAUCACCCAUUGACCCCUCUGGAGAUCGCAUCCUGGGAAAAGACAACUGUCCGAGGGAGCCCCGCCGUCCGACCAGCCUGCUCCCCGCCGACUGCAGUAGCUCGGCUCUGCUUUCGGGUAAGGACGACGAGCCUUUACCUUCCGGGGUGGAGACCCUGCCGCUGCGACUGAUGCAGCAGGAUUGCACCGCCGUCAAAACGCUUCUUUUAAGACUGAGGCGCACCCUGCAGGAGAGCACAGAGACAAGUCCUGCCAGCAGUCUUCAGUCUCUACCCAUAAGCCCUUGCAGUGAGAAGUCCCUCCCAUUUAAGGAUUGGAGCAGAGAGGAGGCGUUGUUGCAGCAGCUGAAGGAGAAAGAUGAGUUGAUCGUCAGACUCCAAAGUGAACUGGGCAUCAAGGCGCAUGGGAGCGCCACUUUGUCCUCAAGGAGACAGCUGAGGAGUAUAGCCACACUCCUCAGCCCUCACGGCUCCUUGAUAGAAGCCACCAGGACUGUACCUUCUCUGCCAGCUUCCCAUCUGGUUCUCUGAUCCGGGGAAUGUUGCUCUCAAGCAAGACACAACAUGCGAGGGAGUGAGUUUUGGUUUAGCUACAUCUCUGGCUUGCCUUUGGACUGUGGGGUGUGUUGGCGGGAUGGUGAAUGUUUUCAGCAAAGAAGAGCACACAGUAAACAAACGGCAACGAUGGAGGACAUCCAUCAUCUUGUGUGUGUGUAGCAAGUGGCUCUUUAUUGCAAUUUGUUUGAGAAAAGGCGACUUAUGCUUUCUUCCCAUUCUGUUUCAAUUUGUCAAAAUUGAAACUGCUUUUUUGUGUGUCAUGAUAAACCAUGUGACGGCUCUCUCUUCUCUUGCAAACAGUACAAAGUUACAGGACUAAUUAACGCAAUGUAGAGUGACCAUAAAUAUGUGUCUGGACAAUCUCCCAGGAAAACAGCUGAGUGCACUUUUAAGGGGACUUAGCUGCCCUCGCUCCCUCACACAAACGGGAGCCACCCAAAUCGGUCCGUGUAUUUGAGGACUGACAUCGGAUAGUUUUGACAUUUAUACAUUUUUCUCCGUAGUUGGCACCACUAAAACAAACGUGUACGUACAGUCUCCAGCAGAUAAGGACGCUAACCCACCAUAUUACAUUUGGGCAAGGUCUGCCCAUCUGAGUUAUAGCAAUUUAAUGCUCAAAGGCCAAACUCGGUGUUCCACCGUCAUGAUGCAUGCAAACAUAAAAGCUUGCCGAUGGGCAUCCGUUUGUCUUCAUUCUGUCAGUAUUUGAAAAAAAUAUGAAGGAGUAGAGUCAGUAUCUUCAAGGUAGGAUCUUCAUCACACACAAGACAUUUGGUCUAGCUCUGACCUUGUGGAGUGUGUUUUUGGAGUUUGGCGUUUCAUGGCGAGUCAUUGAACUUUGAGUUUUGGUAGCAAUUUGGUAGCAAGACCAUCUUGGAAGGACAUGUUGAAUAACCACCAAAAUGGCAGACUCCCUGUGCAUUUUCAGGCAUCGCCUCGUGAGAUUUUUAUUUGUAUGUCGAGUCAUGCUUACUGUAUUGCGACUUAUGCUUUCUUCCCAUUCUGUUUCAAUUUGUCAAAAUGACGAUUAUCUGCAGUCCAGUCAACAGGACAUGUGGAAAAGGGCAAAAUAACCACCAAAAUGGCAGACUCCCCAUGCAUUUUCAGGCAUAGCUUCUGGAGAUUUUUUUUUUGUAUGUGGAGUCAUGCCUACUGUAUUGCAUGUCGCAAGUUGAAACUGGCUUUACGGCCCGAUUUUUUUCAAUAAAGUUUUCAUGGGGCGCCAACGGCAGACAACAAGCUGUCAACUAUUAGUAGUUUUGCCACCAUUAUCCUGUUUGGGGUCACUGAUUCUUUCACAAUCCAGUAGGAUUGCGUUCUCACUCAACCAGAAAUGAGCUUAAAAUGACACCUGGUUUGCCCAAAUAUGGGCUCUGUAACAAAGCGAACCAGAGAUGCGGUACAAAUAAGUGACUUUGGUACUUUUCACAAGCUGCAACAGUGGAAAAUAAAAUCAUGCUAACUGUACCGAAACUCAACUGCGUAGUGUAAACAGGGCUUUGGAUAGAAAUUGGGGUGUAAAGAGAGCGAGAGAAAAAAGAAUGAAUGCUGAGAGCAGCGUGAGAGUUGGAAGAACUGCGGUGACACAUGGGGCAAGAAAAAAUGAAAGAAAGCUGCUGCAGGGGAGCGAAUUGAGAUGAGAGAGAUGGGCUGUCAAAAAAGUGAAGAAGCCAAAAGAUAGCAAUCGGGAUGAGGGGGAUGGACGGCGGCGGUGGGGUUGGGGUGUGUAUACAUGGGAAUGGCUGGUGGGAAGAGCAGACACCGAGGCGAAGAAAUGGAGAAUAUUUGUUCUGUUUACUUAUUGAGAUUCGGCAUACAAGACUACAAUCCUCCCACAGUCCCACAGGCUUUCGUUUUUUCUCUUUCCGCUCCCCCCCGUUGUUUCAUUCUUUAUCUGUGGCUGCUUCUUUUUCAUCCAUCUUUGUCCUCCAUCCGCCCCCUCGAUCUGCAGUAUCACAACAUGGUGAGAAUGGCACUCAGUUAAAGGCUUAACUCUUUCAAGAUUGGAUGCAUCUUGUAUUACUGUAUGAAAGGGCUCCAAAAAGCUGGUUUUGACAACACUGAAGGGCUAAUUUACUGAUGUACAGUAAGUAGACAGGUCAAUUUGGCGAGGGGGGCAAAAAAAAAAAACAAAAAAACUCCCUUCACAAGGAAGAAGCAGAGGAAGGAAGAAGUCAAGCCAAUUUGGGGAAUAAGGCAAGGAAAAAAACCUGUAUGAGGAAGAUACCUCAAAAAGAAGAAACAAGAAGCAAGACACAUUGCGAGGAGGCCGUCUGCCUCGAAUGGUUGGGUUGAAGUAGAGAGACAAAGUGUAGUGUGUGGCAAAACAAUAGAGGGAUUUGGGGCAUUGAUAACAAAACAAUGUGUAUAAUAACAAUUGUAUCAAUGACAGUAGUACUACCCAAUAAUGAUAGCAGCUGUAAUGGCGUUGUUGGCUGGAACCUUAGUGUUUAAAACUAUGCAAACUGAUCAGGUGGUAGACAUUCCCUAACUGCCUUCCUGUGUCGCCCUCUAAGCAACUUUUGUCAAGGUAAUUCCUGCGAGCUCCAUCUUUAGAACAUAGAGGACAAAACAGGACAGAAGGGACUGUGGUGACUACUGCUGCGUGCCUCUUUUGCCGCGUAACCCCACCUAGCCCCAGGGACAGCACCGGGCAGCCAUGAUAAGGCUGUCAGCAGAAAGUGUAUGUGUGUGUUAAAAAAAAAAAAAAAAAGACAAAAAGAAAUAACAAGAGAGAAAUGUGCGUGCUUCUGUGUGUGGGGGGGCGCCUCUGAUCUGUGCCCCCGUCCAUGGCACUGUCCCCCUCAGGCGGACCCGGGCCAGAGUGGCACAGGAGGGGGGUGCAAGGUGGCGGCACCUAACUGGGCACAGAUGGUACCGACAGACAGGCGGUGACGGCGGCGAAAUGACAUGAACGCAUUAAUAAAUAAUUAUCUGUACAAUGACACAGGAGUCAGAAGGGAGAUUGGGGACGGGAGUAUGGGAGGAGACUGGAAAGGAGGACGAAGUAGAAAGAUGAGGAUGAGAUCUGGGAAGACUUUAGCUUAAAGGGGACAGCAUGGGAGGGUGAGGACAAACAAUGGCCACAAAAACACGAGCCUCUACAGUGGAACCUUGGUUAGCAGCAUUCAUUCAUUCCAGAAGGUCAGACUCUUAUCGGAUCAGAUGCUAACCAAAUACAUUUUUCCAUAAGUAAUAAUGUAAAUCUAAUUCAUGUGUUCUAGAAAGCCAAAAAUGUUAACAAAAACAUUUUUUUACAAUUAAAAUGCACAUAAAUACAUAUAAAUGAUGAAUGGAAGUGAUAUAUGAACAUUUAAGGUUACUUUUACCUUCACUGAAAACUUGAUGGUUGACAAGACUGGACCCAAAGAGGUCAACCACCACCACCUUCCUGUUUUGACAUGAGUUGCUUUUUUUUAAUUCAAUAGUGUUUGUCGCCUCAAUACUGUAACCCAAAAUGGAGUCAAAGAAAGUUGCAAGUGCCAGCAUUUAGAUGAAGAAGGUGAGAAACACUAUUGAAUUCAAGAAAUAACUCAUGACAAAACAGGGAAGAUGUGUCAUUGUGUCUUUGGGAAUAGUAGUCUUCAAUCAAUGAAGGUAAAAGUAACCUUAAAUGUUCAUUUAUCCCUUUCAUUCAUCAUUUAUAUGCAUUUAGAAUUGUUGUAUGCAUGUAAAACUAUGAUUAUAAAACUAUAGAAACGUGUUUUGUCUUAACAUUUCGGAUUUUAACAUUUGGAUCGUAGACGGGCUGACUUGCAGUUCCAGUUGUCCUUUUGUUCACUAACUCAUAGGAUGCUAACAAGCCAAGACGUUUUCUGAUAAAACAAAAUAUACUAGUACAGUGAGUACAGAUUGACUCACGCAGUGCUUUAAUAACACAACGAGGCAAAAUUGUGGCGUACAUUUCUGACGUUAACCAAAAAACCUGCUAGCCCAUCUUGAGGUUCUACUGUGCAUGUUUUUUGUCUGAUCAUCCACACACAAACUGUUGUCGGAAAACAAACCGAUUUUACUUUGAUAUUCAGUUGGGACUGAGGAAGAGCAGUACAUUUUGUCGCCGAUCCAGAUAUCGACGCAAAUCAAGGUAGUUAUGGCCACUUGUCGCCGUUACAAUCCACUUGCAUUGAUGCUAAAUGCAGUGAUCCACAAGAUCCAGCAUAUGGGGCUGCAGUGGAAAAAGCAGUUUCAUUUACUCUCUACUCAUCAUUACCGCCACCUACAGGAUUGAAGUGGCCCCUGCAUGAUAUUUUUCCAUACAGAUAUGAUUUGGAUUCUUUUUUGAAUAUUAGAUAGUUGUCUUGAGUCAUGAGUCGUCUUCUGUGCCUCUUCAAACCCCCUCCUUUAUGGCAUUGCAUUCUCCCUCUCACUCCCAUUUUCAACCCCAUCCAGCAAACACGAUAUCUGCGGCCUCUUCACCGUAAUUUACAGUUAUUGGUUACCAGAGAAUGGGUCUUGUGUUUGACCCAAGCGGCCAUCAGUAAUGUGUGAGUAUGGCUCUUAACUCAUUCAAUACCAAAGACGUAGUUAUACGUUUUUAUAAUCCCUAACACCCGAUUACAACAACGUAUUUAUACUCCUUUUACGUUUUCUUUGCGCGAGACGCAAAAAGAGUUGAUGACGUAAGUCUCCACUAAAGCGUUAACGUUUCAGAGCACUUUUAAGCCAUAAAAAUGGUCACAAGGUGGCAGAAGUGCAUUUGAUAAGAGCUCGGCAGGGAUCAUGUCAAUGGAAGAAUCACACUUGACAGGAAGGAGGAAGUGAGAGAGCGCGGAGGAGUGUAGGGUGCAAAAGGGUACACAUUGUAGGGAAAUUUUCACACACAUGCACACACAUAGUUCAGUUCCAAAUGUGAAAAUUGUAAAUGGCUCAUGGUGUUAUAGCUGUAAAUAAAUGAUUAUUUUGAUAUUUUUUAUUAUUAUUAUUAUUAUUAUUAUUUUAAAACAGCUCAUGCUGCCAGAUGCCAGAUCAACUCAACAGAUAUUUGAGCUGUCACAAAAUCAAAAAAUAUUUUGUCAAGUUACUUGAAAUGUAUAUUUUCUCAAAAAGCUGCUUUUCUCCCUUUUCCAGUCGGGAACUGAUAUUUCCCUGAAACUAACCUAUGUUCUACUGCUGAUUACGAAAGGACAGAAAAAGGUAGAAACAACCUUUUUUUCUGAAGACCAGAGUUCCAUGUUUAUACUGUAUAGCCAUAGAACACAAUAUUCUGUGUGCCGGCACUGAAGGGGUUGUCCUGGGAUUGAAUGAGUUAAUCUACUCAAGAUUUUUUUUCCUCGAAAAGAUGGAGAUGCCCAUUAAACUCAAGCGUCAACUCCCCUCCAGAAGUCAGGAUUUUUUCCUCUGUAUUUGCCCAGAAGUAGUUCCAGUGCAUUGACAACCACCAGCCAAUACAACGAUGCAUCCAAUGGAAAUCGUCCAUAAUGCUUUCACCUUUUCAAAUGUUAUGUCACUGUGCGAUCACACUUUGUACAUAUCAUUUUCCCCUCAGUUCAAAAUCCUGAGCCUGUUAGAUUUUCGGUUCUGUGAUCAUUUGUGCAAAUCCUCAUUUGAACUGUCCUGCCCCUCUUCAUCUGGCCAGCCUGGUACUUUGAUCUGCCACUCAUAUGCUUCCCUUCUCCUCUGUCGCUCUUCCAGAAUUCCGGCUGCCGCUUCCAGAGCGGGGGCCGCUUGCCUUUUUAUAGCACAGUGCUUGUUUUUGGCUCAUUCAUAAUGCUCCAAAUGCUACUUAGGGCCAGCACUUUCGACUGUGCUCAUUUUUUCAAAUGCUUUUUUAGGUACACCUGCACAAUCUCAUCAGAUGUACAACUGUAUUAUAAUUAAUAGGUGGUUCUAAUAUUGAUAAUAAAGGACAACUCUUACUUAACUCUUAUAUAGUAUCAAAUUUAAGCCUUAUUACUGUAUUUCUUCUUAUAGUGGCCUCCGCUCAAGUAGAGGUCGUACCCCAGUUACUUGCCAACCACUUGAACAAAAAAAAACCUCACCGAUUCUUUAAUCUUAGAAUGUCAUGUAUUUUAUAUUGUUGUAAUUCUAAUAAUGCAAUAUGUAUGUAUUCAUACUGUAUUAAUAUUAAUCUAAUAAUAUAUUAAUAUAUAAUAGAUUUAUUCAAUGCAGUGUUUUUCAAAACGUAUUUAACAUUUUAUAAAAGCUAGAAUUUUGUGAUAAUCAUGUCACAUUACAAUACAUUAUGUGUACUGUUAUUCAUUCAUAUUUCAAUAAGCAUGAGGUACAUAAUUUAAUUUAUUUAGACUUUUGAGUAAGUGAAGAUCCCAAAAUGCUGACAAGUAAGGUGGUGUGACCAAAAAAUGGUCUUUAAUGGCAGUUCCAAGAAACACAGAGGCCAACAUUGAAAAAGUAUGGAGCAACCAGAAAGGCACCACGGAAAAGGUUAUAAAAAUAAAUGCAAAAAUAAUCAAAAUUAAAGAGUACUGACUGGGUGAAGUUACCAAACUGACAGGAAGGCAAUCAAAAACUGAAGAUUCUACAAAAGAUAAAUAUAUACAAACAAGCAGACAUGCAGGUCGUGGAAGGAGAAGAACCAUUAGCGUGUGUUGUUGCGUCCGUGUGGAGCAAUCACUCGACACCCAUUCAAGGUGAACCGGGAUCUGAAAUGAGAAAAUACAAUGAGCAUAGGUGGAGAUGCCAAAUCGAAACAAAGAGAAACCAAUAAGGUGCUCACCUGAGGCAACUAAAGAGUGCCACUGCGGAGCGUGACAGCCUUGUCCAUUCAUCCUUUCGGUUAUCAGAGGUCGGGUGGUGGGGGCAGCAGCCUAAACAGGGAAGCCCAGACGCCCUCUCCCCGGCUACUUCGUCCAGCUUCUCCCGGCAGGUCUCGAGGCGUUCCCAGCCAAGUUGAGAGACGUAGUCUUUUCAGGGUGUCUCUGAGUCUUCCCCAAGGCCUCCUACCGGUCGGACAUGCCCCGGAGGCAUCCUGACCAGAGGCCCAAGGCACCUCAUUUGGCUCCUCUCAGUGUGGAGGAGCAGCGUAUCUACUCUAAGUUCCUCCUGGAUGACAGUGCUUUUCACCUUAUCUCUUAAGGGAGAGCCCAGCCACCCUACGAGAAAACUCAUUUCGGCCGCUUAUACUCGUGAUCUUGUCCUCUGGGUCACUACCCAAACACAGGUCUUGUCUUGCCCCUAAUAGAUACCAGUUACUCUGCCCUCUGCAGCUGAGUAAAUAAAAGCCCUCAGCCACUACAAGGAAGUAGGGCAUCUUCUCAUUUUUGAUACAGCUCUUGUAUUGGAUCACGUUACAGUGGGUAGCUAAUGUUGUGGCUCUGUCCUCCUGUGACAUAUUCUCCUCCGGAGGUGGUGUUUGUGCAUAAGUUUGCUACAAAAGUAGUAAGUGCCAUCAUCUGCAGAGUAGUAUUGAUGGGUGUUACUGUGUUCGCUUUGUUACUUUCUCAUGUGUGUGUGCUGGAGUGCUAAUCAGCUGAUAAAUGGUUUUCUAUCCCAAGAAAACAUUUUCGCCGGGAUUGAACUUUCACUUGAUGGAAAACACUUUUUGCACAGUUGCAAAGCUCAUUACCCACAUGUCACUCAUAUUCUCAUUUCUAAUCCCCGUGUUAUUUUUUCCUGUUUAGCUCAUAUCUUAUUUGUGUCCGCCUGUAUCCCUCCUGCUGUUGUUGUCUGUGUGCUAGCGCCACCUUUAUGUACUUUUAUUUGUAUAUUCACUCAUGUAACUGUGCCGUCUCACCAUUGUGUCUUCUUAUGUUUCUUUUCCAUCCACGCAUGUCUUCCUACAUUUCUCUG